AUGGCGCCGCGGGCGCUGCCGGUGCUGCCGCUGGGGCGCCCCCCGCGGCCGGCGACGUGGUACCGACUGUCGCCGCGCGGCGAGCGGCCCCGCGGCCGCGUGGGCCACGGCUGCCUCUUCGUGCCGGGCGGGCCGGGCCGCGUCCUGCUGCUGGGCGGCGCCGACGCCGCCGGUGCCUUCGCCGACGCGCACUUCAUGGAGCUGGGCGCGCUGCGCUGGGCCGCGGCCGGCUGGCGCGGGCUGCGGCCGCGCUACGAGCACGCCACGGCGCUGCCCGCCGCCCGCCCGCCGCGCCUCUGGGUCUUCGGCGGCGCCGACCGCGCCGGCAACCGCAGCUGCGUCCAGGUGCUGGACCCCGAGAUAGGGACCUGGGAGAGUCCCGACGUGACCGGCGUUCAGCCGCUGCCUCGCACCUUUCACACGUCCUCGGCGGUCAUAGGAGACCGCCUGUACGUGUUUGGAGGGGGUGAGAGAGGAGCCGAACCCGUGCAGGACCAGCAGCUCCACGUGUUCGACACAGCCACCUUGACUUGGUCCCAGCCAGAUGUUCAUGGUGAUCCCCCUUCUCCUCGGCAUGGACAUGUGGUGGUUGCAGUUGGGACCAAACUUUUCAUACAUGGAGGUUUAGCUGGUGAUAUUUUUUACAAUGAUCUGUUCUGCAUUGAUAUAAAUGACAUGAAAUGGGUUAAGAUAUCAGCCACUGGUGACGUCCCAGGAGGACGGGCAGCUCACUCAUCAGCUGUGUUUAAAGACCACUUAUACAUUUUUGGUGGAAUAGAUCCAGAUGGGGCAUUAGAUACUACAUACAAGUAUCACAUAGAGAAGCAGCAGUGGACACUCUUACAGUUUGAUUCCCCGCUGCCCCCAGGAAGGCUGGAUCAUUCCAUGUGCGUCAUUCCGUGGCAGGCUUGUGCCGACAGCAAGAGCAGCGAUGCAGGAGCAGUCGCUUGUGAAGACAAAACUGGGAAGGGAGCAACUGUGUCAGUCAGUGAUGCAGCUGACUCCCUCCAGAAGAGCCAAAAUGAGGAGGCGGGUGCUGAGAACCCAGUGAUGCACCUGCUGUUAAUAUUUGGUGGGAUGGAUACUCAAGGGGAGAUGCACAGGGACUGUAUUGUAAGUCUGAUUGAAUAGUGCAUCUGUGAUGCUUUACAGCAUCCACCGCUUCUCCGAGCAGGUUUCUUACAGCCACAGCUGUACCCGAAGUUCUCUCUCUCCAAUAAACAAAUUCUUGCCGUCGGA